GUCCAUUUCUCACUCUGACCUCACAAGGAGCAACUGUGAGGCAUGAGGGUCCCCUAUAUAAGGCCGUGGGCUGGGCUGCAGCUCUGUCCCUACAGAGCAGGGAGCUGACUUAGGUGACCUGUGGGACUCUCAUAGCUAUCUGGUUAGUCGUUGAGCUGAGACUUUGCCACCACCUGUCUGCACGUGAGCACAGUGACCACCUAGCCUCAUGGACUGCCAUCCCAACACCAAGAGCCUGAACAGCCAAUAUAUGGUCCAAUUUCCCAUCGGCCACGGUGCAUUUGGCUCUGUGCAGCUGGCCUACCAUCGCCUCACAGGCAUCCCGGUGGCAAUCAAAGUGAUAGAAAACCUCGAGGAGGACGUCCGGUUCAUCAUAUCUGAGAUGAUGGCCCUCGAAAGACUGUACCACCCCAACAUCAUUCGCCUCUUCCAGGUGCUGGCAACAACAGAGCAUAUUUACUUCAUCAUGGAGUUGGCCCCGGGAGGAGACUUGCUCCGAAGAGUGAAGAAGGAGGGCAGGCUGCAGGAGGAAGAGGCACAGAAAAUAUUCGGGCAGAUCCUGUCAGCCAUCAAGUAUUGUCAUGACCUGAACAUCGUCCAUAGAGAUCUGAAGCCCGAAAAUAUCCUCCUUGAUGAAGAGGGCAACGUGAAGCUGGCAGACUUUGGCCUCGCCACCAGUUGGAGACCUGGAACACUACUACACCAGCAAUGUGGGACCAAGAGAUUCAAUGCCCCAGAACAGGUCCUGGGGUUGGGCUAUGAUGGGAAGAAGACAGAUGUGUGGAGUCUGGGUGUGCUACUGUAUUUGAUCACCACCGGGAACCACCCCUUCCAAGGAAACACCAUGGAAGAGAUCGAGGGGAAGAUCGUCACAGGUAGCUAUGAUAUUCCAGCUCACGUCUCUGGGCAACUGGAAAAUUUAAUUCAUCAAAUAUUGACAGUUGACCCAGAGAGGAGGCCCUCCAUUGAAGACCUUCAGCAACAUCCAUGGGUUAUGAAGUGGAACAUCCCAAGUGAAACCUUGUUAGAUCCCAAGGUUUUAGACACACUCUCUGACCUCGGCUUUAAUAGGAAUGACGUUUUGGAAUCCCUGCAAAACAACAGAUAUGAUGAGUUAAUGGGGACAUAUCUCAUAAUCAGAGAGCAGGCCCGCAAGGGGCUGCCCCUUGAGUUCGGCUGCAACACCUCAGUCACGUCUGUGGACGUUGGAGCUGCGCCUCCUGUGUCCCUAGUAUGUCCCUCUGUCUCUGGUCUUCCCCCAAAACGGAGGGCCAGUGAGCCCACCUUUGGCCUCCUCCACACCCAGCCUUCACACCAGCCCCUGCCUGUUGUGCCAGCAGCCCCAGGGCAGAAGGUGGCCAGAAGUGCCUCCAUGCCUAUAUGUUGUCCCCAGAAGAAGAGCCCCACGUGGAGCUCUGCCACCCUAUCCAGAGGUGAGACUUCUCUGAGUGUCUCCAGCAGCAUACCAGAAGAGGAAACCACUCCAUCCUCUGGAAAUGACUCUGACAUGGAAAAUGCACAGAACCCUCAGAACAUCGGGUGUUUCCAGAGACUGUGCAAGAGAAUCAGGGCCUGCUUCUCCAGAUUAUGCUGCUUCUCGGGGGAUCAAGAGACACAAGUCCAGCACAUAUUCAAAAACAAAGUGGCUCCUGCGACAGAGACAGGAUGAAGAGCCCAAGGAAAUGGGCAUGCAGGUUUGAGAGGGUGCAUAUGUGCUUUGCAUUUUAUUUUCUCUGCCUUUUCACCGAAAAAGCAGAAAUGUACAUGUUUGUUUUGUGGGGUCCAAUGGGAUGUUCAGAUGUAUUUCUACACCAGCUGGAUUAAACCCUAACACUUAGCAUACCUCCUCAGGAAGAAAUCCUGCUGGAACAUACUCAGGUGGUGUCUGAUGUAACUGAACUAGCAGAAGACACCAAAGACUGUGAUCAGAGUGAGGUGGGUGGUGGGUGUUGUGCUGUGGAGCUGUUGUC